CGCAGAUCUUCGUGGUGGACUCCCCGCUGCUCUGGGGAUAGGCAGAGCUGUGCGUGAGGCGAAUGCCCAUCAGUGCAGCAGCAAUACAGCAUGUGAAUCAGCUGCACGCAUGAUCCCGGUACAAACAUUCCGACAUCGGGAAUCGAACCCGAGUCUCACGGGGACCCGCGAGUGAGAGCCGUGUAUCCUAACCGACUAGACUAUGUCGGAGCUGACAACAGCCCGGUGUCAGACGGCACGACCACAGCCAUAUGGCACAGAGCUGGGAAAGGUGAUCCAAUGAUCGCUCUGAUCGCUGGGUGAGCGGUGCAACCCGACGCUGCAUUCCUUUCGGGCGUCUGUGUCUUCCCUGCAGGUUGGAUGAGUCUGUUUGUCAAAGCGUCGAGCGCGGUGCAUCUUCCCUGCUGCCGGUGGCUCUCGAGCUCUCUCCCGUCUGCCCGACUGACGGCCAGCCCACCAUGUGUCCCUCGCUGGCUGCCCCUCCCUCAUCUCUCCCCCUUCCCCUUCUGUUCCUCGUGGCAAUGCCUCACUCAGCACCGCCGCUUCACUGGGGCUCGUGAUGCUGGCGCUGCCGAUGGUGCAACUGCUGAGAAUGAGAGUGAGGAGGAGUUUCGGCUCAUCCCUGGCUUCGACGGCCGGUCCAAGACGGGCGCCCAGGUGUCCAAUAGAGGCAGAGUGCUCCACGGCGACGGGAAGGUCUCGUGGGGCACGCUCGAGAAGGACGGCUAUCGGCGAGUCAACGUCAACAAGAAGCGCUACGCCGUCCAUCGGCUUGUGGCUGAGACCUUCCAUCGAGAGCAAAAGGAGCAGCUGAUCGCACAAGCUGGCGAGAUGACGCUGCAUGUCGACCACAUUGACGGCAACAAGGUCAACAAUGCUGCGUCGAACUUGCAGUGGGUGACGCCUGCUCAGCACCGCCGCAAGACCGUCGAGAGCGACCUGCCUCGGCCGCGGCCUCUGAUGAGCUCUGCACGGCAAGUGACGGCCACUAAUAGGACCUCUGGCGAGGUGCUGACAUUCAGAAGCACGAUGCUGGCGGCCAAGCACUUCAAGAUCUCCCCCGCUGUCUUCCGCAAGAGCGUCAUCCGACGGAAGAUGGAGGCUCACAUGAUGUAUCCGUCGGUGAUGAAGGAGUGGGUCUUUGCUUUCGAGAAGCCGGACAAGAUUGAGGGCGAGCGCUUCCGGAGCAUUGGCUUCCUGAAGCAUCUUUUCCCGGAGAAGAAGAGGCUGCCAAUGGUGUCAAACAUGGGUCGGAUUCGCCACGUGAAUGGGCGGGUGACGUGCGGCACCAAGACCGUGACGGGAUACUUGCGAGUCGAGCUGGCCGGGCAGAGCAUCCUUGUGCACCGCAUUGUGGCCACCCUGUGGCGCCCUCAUGAGCUAGCCAGGUGGAGGAAGGAGGGCUACGCAGAUGAUGACCUCGAUGUGCAUCAUGUGGAUGGGAAUCCAGCCAACAAUGAGGCGUCCAACCUACAAUGGAUGCCACGUAAGCUUCGAAAGCAGAGAAGCAGGUCGGGAAGCUGUACUGUACGUGUGAUUUUGGUUUGCAGCGAAGGAGCAUGCGAAAUUGAAUGCUGAGGCGCAACGUGCGAAGCGCCGUCAAGAGUCGCGGUGAUGGGGUAGCAGUUACGUAUUGACAUUCACCGGGGUGGGGGUGGGCUUGUCGAU